AUGACUUCAAUCCGAUUCCUUCUGUUGUCAAUAUUCGCUGUAGCAGUGAGUCUGGCCACCCCAUUGUGGGAUGCAGUAGAUCCGGAGCAGGUCCUCUUCAUCGCCUCACGCUGUAUGGAGGACUGGUCACCAAAAGCUAAGGAUCCCAAAAAGGCAUUGGAAAAUUGGAUGAACUGGAAAUUGCAACCAUCGGACGACCAAGCCACCCACUGCUACACCAAGUGUAUGUUGGAGAAGAUUGGAUUUUACGACUUUGGCGAGAAGAAAUUCAAGGGCGUCAGAGUGGUUCAACAAUGGGAGACAUACCAUCAAUACCAAUCCGCUGACCGAGAAAAGGUGUUAGCUCUCGCAGAUGAGUUCAAUCUAAUAAAACUUCAAAAAUCGUUCAACUGUACGGCUGUGUUCAACGCAUACAAAGAUGUCCACGCUAAGUACCUGGAUACAAUCAAAGCCAUUCUAUUUGGCGAUAGAUCGUCCGCGGAAAAGUUCUACAAAGCUAAGGGUGAUACAAUCAAACAGAAAGGUCAAUCACUAUUUGUGUUCUGUGAGAAUAUAAACUAUCCGGCUGGUAGUGCCAAACGAAAGCAAGAAUUAUGCAAAAUCAGGAAGUAUGAACUAAGCAGUGGUAAGGAGUUCAGUAACCACAUGGCGUGCAUUUUUAAAGGACUGCGAUAUUUGAACAAGAAGAAUGAGCUGAAUGCUGAAGAAAUCGUCAGAGAUUUACAGCUGGUGGGUAAGAAACCAAAUGCCAUGAAAGCUACCCUGCAAAAGUGCAAAGGAAACUUGAAGGAAACCGAUCCGGGGGCCAUUGCAAUUCAUUACUACAAAUGUUUGCUGGAUGAUCCGAAAGUGGUGGAUGAUUUCAAAGAAGCAUUUGACUACCGGGAAAUUAGAUCCCAAGACUAUAUGUCACUGCUAAGAAGUAGUAUGAAGCCUUAUGAGAAAAGCGAGGUAAGAAAAAUGGUGGACAAAAUUGAUGACAAGCAAUGUUCAUAGACAUUAGAUUUACAAGGAAUUUUCUGGAUGCCAGUUUGGAAAAAAUGUUCCAAAUCUAGUAAAUAAAAGAAGAGCCAUCUGAUAUUCAAAUUUACCGCUGAAAC